AUGGCGAUCUGUACUUAUAACGCACGCACGCUUGCAUCGGAAGCGGCCAUCGAAGAUCUGAUGAUGCAAGCCAAGAAGAUCAAGUACGACGUCAUCGGACUGACCGAGACGAGACGACGUCACCCUCUCAACGCCGUAUAUGAAACUGGAGAAGAACUGUUCUUAGGAACAUGCGACAGUAGAGGUGUUGGUGGAGUUGGCGUCCUCGUCAACACGAGUAUGGCAAAGAACAUCUUUUGA